AUGGAUUGCGUUUGCAGGACUUAUAUCAAUGAGAUAGCUGAGCAAUAUGCUCGCUUACGGCCAUACCACGUUGAAAGCACGCCAUCCCGUCCGAUCUGGCAAGUUAAGCAACGUUGGGCCUGGACUUAUAUCAAUGAGAUAGCUGAGCAAUAUGCUCGCUUACGGCCAUACCACGUUGAAAGCACGCCAUCCCGUCCGAUCUGGCAAGUUAAGCAACGUUGGGCCUGGACUUAUAUCAAUGAGAUAGCUGAGCAAUAUGCUCGCUUACGGCCAUACCACGUUGAAAGCACGCCAUCCCGUCCGAUCUGGCAAGUUAAGCAACGUUGGGCCUGGACUUAUAUCAAUGAGAUAGCUGAGCAAUAUGCUCGCUUACGGCCAUACCACGUUGAAAGCACGCCAUCCCGUCCGAUCUGGCAAGUUAAGCAACGUUGGGCCUGGACUUAUAUCAAUGAGAUAGCUGAGCAAUAUGCUCGCUUACGGCCAUACCACGUUGAAAGCACGCCAUCCCGUCCGAUCUGGCAAGUUAAGCAACGUUGGGCCUGGACUUAUAUCAAUGAGAUAGCUGAGCAAUAUGCUCGCUUACGGCCAUACCACGUUGAAAGCACGCCAUCCCGUCCGAUCUGGCAAGUUAAGCAACGUUGGGCCUGGACUUAUAUCAAUGAGAUAGCUGAGCAAUAUGCUCGCUUACGGCCAUACCACGUUGAAAGCACGCCAUCCCGUCCGAUCUGGCAAGUUAAGCAACGUUGGGCCUGGACUUAUAUCAAUGAGAUAGCUGAGCAAUAUGCUCGCUUACGGCCAUACCACGUUGAAAGCACGCCAUCCCGUCCGAUCUGGCAAGUUAAGCAACGUUGGGCCUGGACUUAUAUCAAUGAGAUAGCUGAGCAAUAUGCUCGCUUACGGCCAUACGACGUUGAAAGCACGCCAUCCCGUCCGAUCUGGCAAGUUAAGCAACGUUGGGCCUGGACUUAUAUCAAUGAGAUAGCUGAGCAAUAUGCUCGCUUACGGCCAUACCACGUUGAAAGCACGCCAUCCCGUCCGAUCUGGCAAGUUAAGCAACGUUGGGCCUGGACUUAUAUCAAUGAGAUAGCUGAGCAAUAUGCUCGCUUACGGCCAUACCACGUUGAAAGCACGCCAUCCCGUCCGAUCUGGCAAGUUAAGCAACGUUGGGCCUGGACUUAUAUCAAUGAGAUAGCUGAGCAAUAUGCUCGCUUACGGCCAUACCACGUUGAAAGCACGCCAUCCCGUCCGAUCUGGCAAGUUAAGCAACGUUGGGCCUGGACUUAUAUCAAUGAGAUAGCUGAGCAAUAUGCUCGCUUACGGCCAUACCACGUUGAAAGCACGCCAUCCCGUCCGAUCUGGCAAAUUAAGCAACGUUGGGCCUGGACUUAUAUCAAUGAGAUAGCUGAGCAAUAUGCUCGCUUACGGCCAUACCACGUUGAAAGCACGCCAUCCCGUCCGAUCUGGCAAGUUAAGCAACGUUGGGCCUGGACUUAUAUCAAUGAGAUAGCUGAGCAAUAUGCUCGCUUACGGCCAUACCACGUUGAAAGCACGCCAUCCCGUCCGAUCUGGCAAGUUAAGCAACGUUGGGCCUGGACUUAUAUCAAUGAGAUAGCUGAGCAAUAUGCUCGCUUACGGCCAUACCACGUUGAAAGCACGCCAUCCCGUCCGAUCUGGCAAGUUAAGCAACGUUGGGCCUGGACUUAUAUCAAUGAGAUAGCUGAGCAAUAUGCUCGCUUACGGCCAUACCACGUUGAAAGCACGCCAUCCCGUCCGAUCUGGCAAGUUAAGCAACGUUGGGCCUGGACUUAUAUCAAUGAGAUAGCUGAGCAAUAUGCUCGCUUACGGCCAUACCACGUUGAAAGCACGCCAUCCCGUCCGAUCCGGCAAGUUAAGCAACGUUGGGCCUGGACUUAUAUCAAUGAGAUAGCUGAGCAAUAUGCUCGCUUACGGCCAUACCACGUUGAAAGCACGCCAUCCCGUCCGAUCUGGCAAGUUAAGCAACGUUGGGCCUGGACUUAUAUCAAUGAGAUAGCUGAGCAAUAUGCUCGCUUACGGCCAUACCACGUUGAAAGCACGCCAUCCCGUCCGAUCUGGCAAGUUAAGCAACGUUGGGCCUGGACUUAUAUCAAUGAGAUAGCUGAGCAAUAUGCUCGCUUACGGCCAUACCACGUUGAAAGCACGCCAUCCCGUCCGAUCUGGCAAGUUAAGCAACGUUGGGCCUGGACUUAUAUCAAUGAGAUAGCUGAGCAAUAUGCUCGCUUACGGCCAUACCACGUUGAAAGCACGCCAUCCCGUCCGAUCUGGCAAGUUAAGCAACGUUGGGCCUGGACUUAUAUCAAUGAGAUAGCUGAGCAAUAUGCUCGCUUACGGCCAUACCACGUUGAAAGCACGCCAUCCCGUCCGAUCUUGCAAGUUAAGCAACGUUGGGCUUGGACUUAUAUCAAUGAGAUAGCUGAGCAAUAUGCUCGCUUACGGCCAUACCACGUUGAAAGCACGCCAUCCCGUCCGAUCUGGCAAGUUAAGCAACGUUGGGCCUGGACUUAUAUCAAUGAGAUAGCUGAGCAAUAUGCUCGCUUACGGCCAUACCACGUUGAAAGCACGCCAUCCCGUCCGAUCUGGCAAGUUAAGCAACGUUGGGCCUGGACUUAUAUCAAUGAGAUAGCUGAGCAAUAUGCUCGCUUACGGCCAUACCACGUUGAAAGCACGCCAUCCCGUCCGAUCUGGCAAGUUAAGCAACGUUGGGCCUGGACUUAUAUCAAUGAGAUAGCUGAGCAAUAUGCUCGCUUACGGCCAUACCACGUUGAAAGCACGCCAUCCCGUCCGAUCUUGCAAGUUAAGCAACGUUGGGCCUGGACUUAUAUCAAUGAGAUAGCUGAGCAAUAUGCUCGCUUACGGCCAUACCACGUUGAAAGCACGCCAUCCCGUCCGAUCUGGCAAGUUAAGCAACGUUGGGCCUGGACUUAUAUCAAUGAGAUAGCUGAGCAAUAUGCUCGCUUACGGCCAUACCACGUUGAAAGCACGCCAUCCCGUCCGAUCUGGCAAGUUAAGCAACUUUGGGCCUGGACUUAUAUCAAUGAGAUAGCUGAGCAAUAUGCUCGCUUACGGCCAUACCACGUUGAAAGCACGCCAUCCCGUCCGAUCUGGCAAGUUAAGCAACGUUGGGCCUGGACUUAUAUCAAUGAGAUAGCUGAGCAAUAUGCUCGCUUACGGCCAUACCACGUUGAAAGCACGCCAUCCCGUCCGAUCUGGCAAGUUAAGCAACGUUGGGCCUGGACUUAUAUCAAUGAGAUAGCUGAGCAAUAUGCUCGCUUACGGCCAUACCACGUUGAAAGCACGCCAUCCCGUCCGAUCUGGCAAGUUAAGCAACGUUGGGCCUGGACUUAUAUCAAUGAGAUAGCUGAGCAAUAUGCUCGCUUACGGCCAUACCACGUUGAAAGCACGCCAUCCCGUCCGAUCUGGCAAGUUAAGCAACGUUGGGCCUGGACUUAUAUCAAUGAGAUAGCUGAGCAAUAUGCUCGCUUACGGCCAUACCACGUUGAAAGCACGCCAUCCCGUCCGAUCUUGCAAGUUAAGCAACGUUGGGCCUGGACUUAUAUCAAUGAGAUAGCUGAGCAAUAUGCUCGCUUACGGCCAUACCACGUUGAAAGCACGCCAUCCCGUCCGAUCUGGCAAGUUAAGCAACGUUGGGCCUGGACUUAUAUCAAUGAGAUAGCUGAGCAAUAUGCUCGCUUACGGCCAUACCACGUUGAAAGCACGCCAUCCCGUCCGAUCUGGCAAGUUAAGCAACGUUGGGCCUGGACUUAUAUCAAUGAGAUAGCUGAGCAAUAUGCUCGCUUACGGCCAUACCACGUUGAAAGCACGCCAUCCCGUCCGAUCUGGCAAGUUAAGCAACGUUGGGCCUGGACUUAUAUCAAUGAGAUAGCUGAGCAAUAUGCUCGCUUACGGCCAUACCACGUUGAAAGCACGCCAUCCCGUCCGAUCUUGCAAGUUAAGCAACGUUGGGCCUGGACUUAUAUCAAUGAGAUAGCUGAGCAAUAUGCUCGCUUACGGCCAUACCACGUUGAAAGCACGCCAUCCCGUCCGAUCUGGCAAGUUAAGCAACGUUGGGCCUGGACUUAUAUCAAUGAGAUAGCUGAGCAAUAUGCUCGCUUACGGCCAUACCACGUUGAAAGCACGCCAUCCCGUCCGAUCUGGCAAGUUAAGCAACGUUGGGCCUGGACUUAUAUCAAUGAGAUAGCUGAGCAAUAUGCUCGCUUACGGCCAUACCACGUUGAAAGCACGCCAUCCCGUCCGAUCUGGCAAGUUAAGCAACGUUGGGCCUGGACUUAUAUCAAUGAGAUAGCUGAGCAAUAUGCUCGCUUACGGCCAUACCACGUUGAAAGCACGCCAUCCCGUCCGAUCUGGCAAGUUAAGCAACGUUGGGCCUGGACUUAUAUCAAUGAGAUAGCUGAGCAAUAUGCUCGCUUACGGCCAUACCACGUUGAAAGCACGCCAUCCCGUCCGAUCUGGCAAGUUAAGCAACGUUGGGCCUGGACUUAUAUCAAUGAGAUAGCUGAGCAAUAUGCUCGCUUACGGCCAUACCACGUUGAAAGCACGCCAUCCCGUCCGAUCUGGCAAGUUAAGCAACGUUGGGCCUGGACUUAUAUCAAUGAGAUAGCUGAGCAAUAUGCUCGCUUACGGCCAUACCACGUUGAAAGCACGCCAUCCCGUCCGAUCUGGCAAGUUAAGCAACGUUGGGCCUGGACUUAUAUCAAUGAGAUAGCUGAGCAAUAUGCUCGCUUACGGCCAUACCACGUUGAAAGCACGCCAUCCCGUCCGAUCUGGCAAGUUAAGCAACGUUGGGCCUGGACUUAUAUCAAUGAGAUAGCUGAGCAAUAUGCUCGCUUACGGCCAUACCACGUUGAAAGCACGCCAUCCCGUCCGAUCUGGCAAGUUAAGCAACGUUGGGCCUGGACUUAUAUCAAUGAGAUAGCUGAGCAAUAUGCUCGCUUACGGCCAUACCACGUUGAAAGCACGCCAUCCCGUCCGAUCUGGCAAGUUAAGCAACGUUGGGCCUGGACUUAUAUCAAUGAGAUAGCUGAGCAAUAUGCUCGCUUACGGCCAUACCACGUUGAAAGCACGCCAUCCCGUCCGAUCUUGCAAGUUAAGCAACGUUGGGCCUGGACUUAUAUCAAUGAGAUAGCUGAGCAAUAUGCUCGCUUACGGCCAUACCACGUUGAAAGCACGCCAUCCCGUCCGAUCUGGCAAGUUAAGCAACGUUGGGCCUGGACUUAUAUCAAUGAGAUAGCUGAGCAAUAUGCUCGCUUACGGCCAUACCACGUUGAAAGCACGCCAUCCCGUCCGAUCUGGCAAGUUAAGCAACGUUGGGCCUGGACUUAUAUCAAUGAGAUAGCUGAGCAAUAUGCUCGCUUACGGCCAUACCACGUUGAAAGCACGCCAUCCCGUCCGAUCUGGCAAGUUAAGCAACGUUGGGCCUGGACUUAUAUCAAUGAGAUAGCUGAGCAAUAUGCUCGCUUACGGCCAUACCACGUUGAAAGCACGCCAUCCCGUCCGAUCUGGCAAGUUAAGCAACGUUGGGCCUGGACUUAUAUCAAUGAGAUAGCUGAGCAAUAUGCUCGCUUACGGCCAUACCACGUUGAAAGCACGCCAUCCCGUCCGAUCUGGCAAGUUAAGCAACGUUGGGCCUGGACUUAUAUCAAUGAGAUAGCUGAGCAAUAUGCUCGCUUACGGCCAUACCACGUUGAAAGCACGCCAUCCCGUCCGAUCUGGCAAGUUAAGCAACGUUGGGCCUGGACUUAUAUCAAUGAGAUAGCUGAGCAAUAUGCUCGCUUACGGCCAUACCACGUUGAAAGCACGCCAUCCCGUCCGAUCUGGCAAGUUAAGCAACGUUGGGCCUGGACUUAUAUCAAUGAGAUAGCUGAGCAAUAUGCUCGCUUACGGCCAUACCACGUUGAAAGCACGCCAUCCCGUCCGAUCUGGCAAGUUAAGCAACGUUGGGCCUGGACUUAUAUCAAUGAGAUAGCUGAGCAAUAUGCUCGCUUACGGCCAUACCACGUUGAAAGCACGCCAUCCCGUCCGAUCUGGCAAGUUAAGCAACGUUGGGCCUGGACUUAUAUCAAUGAGAUAGCUGAGCAAUAUGCUCGCUUACGGCCAUACCACGUUGAAAGCACGCCAUCCCGUCCGAUCUGGCAAGUUAAGCAACGUUGGGCCUGGACUUAUAUCAAUGAGAUAGCUGAGCAAUAUGCUCGCUUACGGCCAUACCACGUUGAAAGCACGCCAUCCCGUCCGAUCUGGCAAGUUAAGCAACGUUGGGCCUGGACUUAUAUCAAUGAGAUAGCUGAGCAAUAUGCUCGCUUACGGCCAUACCACGUUGAAAGCACGCCAUCCCGUCCGAUCUGGCAAGUUAAGCAACGUUGGGCCUGGACUUAUAUCAAUGAGAUAGCUGAGCAAUAUGCUCGCUUACGGCCAUACCACGUUGAAAGCACGCCAUCCCGUCCGAUCUGGCAAGUUAAGCAACGUUGGGCCUGGACUUAUAUCAAUGAGAUAGCUGAGCAAUAUGCUCGCUUACGGCCAUACCACGUUGAAAGCACGCCAUCCCGUCCGAUCUGGCAAGUUAAGCAACGUUGGGCCUGGACUUAUAUCAAUGAGAUAGCUGAGCAAUAUGCUCGCUUACGGCCAUACCACGUUGAAAGCACGCCAUCCCGUCCGAUCUGGCAAGUUAAGCAACGUUGGGCCUGGACUUAUAUCAAUGAGAUAGCUGAGCAAUAUGCUCGCUUACGGCCAUACCACGUUGAAAGCACGCCAUCCCGUCCGAUCUGGCAAGUUAAGCAACGUUGGGCCUGGACUUAUAUCAAUGAGAUAGCUGAGCAAUAUGCUCGCUUACGGCCAUACCACGUUGAAAGCACGCCAUCCCGUCCGAUCUGGCAAGUUAAGCAACGUUGGGCCUGGACUUAUAUCAAUGAGAUAGCUGAGCAAUAUGCUCGCUUACGGCCAUACCACGUUGAAAGCACGCCAUCCCGUCCGAUCUGGCAAGUUAAGCAACGUUGGGCCUGGACUUAUAUCAAUGAGAUAGCUGAGCAAUAUGCUCGCUUACGGCCAUACCACGUUGAAAGCACGCCAUCCCGUCCGAUCUGGCAAGUUAAGCAACGUUGGGCCUGGACUUAUAUCAAUGAGAUAGCUGAGCAAUAUGCUCGCUUACGGCCAUACCACGUUGAAAGCACGCCAUCCCGUCCGAUCUGGCAAGUUAAGCAACGUUGGGCCUGGACUUAUAUCAAUGAGAUAGCUGAGCAAUAUGCUCGCUUACGGCCAUACCACGUUGAAAGCACGCCAUCCCGUCCGAUCUGGCAAGUUAAGCAACGUUGGGCCUGGACUUAUAUCAAUGAGAUAGCUGAGCAAUAUGCUCGCUUACGGCCAUACCACGUUGAAAGCACGCCAUCCCGUCCGAUCUGGCAAGUUAAGCAACGUUGGGCCUGGACUUAUAUCAAUGAGAUAGCUGAGCAAUAUGCUCGCUUACGGCCAUACCACGUUGAAAGCACGCCAUCCCGUCCGAUCUGGCAAGUUAAGCAACGUUGGGCCUGGACUUAUAUCAAUGAGAUAGCUGAGCAAUAUGCUCGCUUACGGCCAUACCACGUUGAAAGCACGCCAUCCCGUCCGAUCUGGCAAGUUAAGCAACGUUGGGCCUGGACUUAUAUCAAUGAGAUAGCUGAGCAAUAUGCUCGCUUACGGCCAUACCACGUUGAAAGCACGCCAUCCCGUCCGAUCUGGCAAGUUAAGCAACGUUGGGCCUGGACUUAUAUCAAUGAGAUAGCUGAGCAAUAUGCUCGCUUACGGCCAUACCACGUUGAAAGCACGCCAUCCCGUCCGAUCUGGCAAGUUAAGCAACGUUGGGCCUGGACUUAUAUCAAUGAGAUAGCUGAGCAAUAUGCUCGCUUACGGCCAUACCACGUUGAAAGCACGCCAUCCCGUCCGAUCUGGCAAGUUAAGCAACGUUGGGCCUGGACUUAUAUCAAUGAGAUAGCUGAGCAAUAUGCUCGCUUACGGCCAUACCACGUUGAAAGCACGCCAUCCCGUCCGAUCUUGCAAGUUAAGCAACGUUGGGCCUGGACUUAUAUCAAUGAGAUAGCUGAGCAAUAUGCUCGCUUACGGCCAUACCACGUUGAAAGCACGCCAUCCCGUCCGAUCUGGCAAGUUAAGCAACGUUGGGCCUGGACUUAUAUCAAUGAGAUAGCUGAGCAAUAUGCUCGCUUACGGCCAUACCACGUUGAAAGCACGCCAUCCCGUCCGAUCUGGCAAGUUAAGCAACGUUGGGCCUGGACUUAUAUCAAUGAGAUAGCUGAGCAAUAUGCUCGCUUACGGCCAUACCACGUUGAAAGCACGCCAUCCCGUCCGAUCUGGCAAGUUAAGCAACGUUGGGCCUGGACUUAUAUCAAUGAGAUAGCUGAGCAAUAUGCUCGCUUACGGCCAUACCACGUUGAAAGCACGCCAUCCCGUCCGAUCUGGCAAGUUAAGCAACGUUGGGCCUGGUUAGUACUUGGAUCGGAGACGGCUUGGGAAUCCCAGGUGUCGACUUAUAUCAAUGAGAUAGCUGAGCAAUAUGCUCGCUUACGGCCAUACCACGUUGAAAGCACGCCAUCCCGUCCGAUCUGGCAAGUUAAGCAACGUUGGGCCUGGUUAGUACUUGGAUCGGAGACGGCUUGGGAAUCCCAGGUGUCGACUUAUAUCAAUGAGAUAGCUGAGCAAUAUGCUCGCUUACGGCCAUACCACGUUGAAAGCACGCCAUCCCGUCCGAUCUGGCAAGUUAAGCAACGUUGGGCCUGGUUAGUACUUGGAUCGGAGACGGCUUGGGAAUCCCAGGUGUCGACUUAUAUCAAUGAGAUAGCUGAGCAAUAUGCUCGCUUACGGCCAUACCACGUUGAAAGCACGCCAUCCCGUCCGAUCUGGCAAGUUAAGCAACGUUGGGCCUGGUUAGUACUUGGAUCGGAGACGGCUUGGGAAUCCCAGGUGUCGACUUAUAUCAAUGAGAUAGCUGAGCAAUAUGCUCGCUUACGGCCAUACCACGUUGAAAGCACGCCAUCCCGUCCGAUCUGGCAAGUUAAGCAACGUUGGGCCUGGUUAGUACUUGGAUCGGAGACGGCUUGGGAAUCCCAGGUGUCGACUUAUAUCAAUGAGAUAGCUGAGCAAUAUGCUCGCUUACGGCCAUACCACGUUGAAAGCACGCCAUCCCGUCCGAUCUGGCAAGUUAAGCAACGUUGGGCCUGGUUAGUACUUGGAUCGGAGACGGCUUGGGAAUCCCAGGUGUCGACUUAUAUCAAUGAGAUAGCUGAGCAAUAUGCUCGCUUACGGCCAUACCUACACGUUGAAAGCACGCCAUCCCGUCCGAUCUGGCAAGUUAAGCAACGUUGGGCCUGGUUAGUACUUGGAUCGGAGACGGCUUGGGAAUCCCAGGUGUCGUAA